AUGCCCGAUAUUGAAAAAUACGAACCGACAGAUGCGGAGCUAGCGGGGGCACUGGUAUCAGACGGUGCUUCUUUUGAUGAACGGGGCCUGUCGACUGAAGAAGCUGCUGCGGCAGACAUGGAGGCGCAGAAAGACAGCGUGGCCCAUGGCGACUAUGAUGCUCUGGCUUCUGAGGAUGACAUCAUGUUCGAAACUUUCCCGAGCGAAUUGCGUUUUAAAAGGCGCCCAUUCAACCACGAACUCCUCACUCACCAACAUCUCGGCGUUUCGGCGCUCGGCCGCCCUGUCGAAGCCCUGAUUCUCAAGGAUCCGAACCGAAUGCAACGUUCCAGGAAGCAAAUUCCAGUCCUUGAACCUGAAGUGCAAGACGCUGCACCCGUGGUUGAGCUGAAGUGGACUGACUACGUCGCGAAGACGGACGAUGAGCAAGACCCGGUGCUUGAAGCAUGGGACAACAUCGACGAAAUGCGACCGAUUGAGACCAACACCAUGCCCGCCCACGAAUAUCACAGAUUAGUAGCAACGCUCGUCGAUGGAUUUACCCAAGGACAGCUCAGCAGUUACAUCACAAUGAAGCAUGCCCAAGAGCUCGAAUCGCAAGCGACAGAGACGUCGCAAUUGUACCCGUGGAUUCAGAAGCAGACCCCUUGGCAGGCAGGUUAUCAGAUUGAAUUGGAAAGCAAAAAGCCAAAAUAUGUCUGCGCGGCGACUAUCAUUGACAAAAUUUGGAAGCUCGAAGUUCGAGAGCAAGUUGAAUCUCUCGGGCGUGCGCUACUAUGGGUGCAUCCAGUGACAUUUAAACUGCUCACAGGACAUGGACGACCUGUGCUCGAAGCGAUUCAACGUGAAAUGCUCAACCCCGGGAACAACGAGAGACUCGCUGCCAAGUCCGAAGAGUCACGACUCGGUAUAUACGCUGCGAAGGCAGCGAUUCCUCCUAUAAUAGAACGCUUAAACGAGGUCGCAAAGGCAGUGACUUCUACUCAACUGUCAACAGAAUAUAUCAACAAGGAGAAUUUGACGCAGCCCAUACUCGAUGCCCUAGCAAGCAUUACAAAUACCAUCAUAGAAACGAGCAGCAGUGGAAAGGAACUGACGGUUCACUGGGUUGCCGACGAUGAGAGACCGAGCCCGACAACUGCGAACGUCAACACAACCAUCGCAGCUGAAGGGCCAGCAGAUAUCGUCUGGCGUCUCUUAAUGGCAGCUCAAUGGGUCCCCGAAGCCAACGCUACCCUUUCCUCAAAGAUGGUAACGCGCGCAGGACGAGGCAAGAAACCAAAGGGUGGCUUGUACAUGGACUACCACCGCGAGGAACGGAGCAGGUCAUGGCGUGACAAGCUCAGGUCAUGGACACGCUAUGGCGCCGCCGUUACCAAGGCAGAGGAGACCACUCUGCCGCCGCUGCAGCUUGCGACGCGGGUAGAGCUUGCCGAUCUGCCAUCACUACAUGAAUUAGGCGCAGACAACGUAUUGGACGUGACAUUUGCAACGUUUGGCCACGUGCUGCACCCCAAGGCCACGGUCAAGAGCUCCGGAAAGAAGGUCGCUGACAAGAAGAGCGCCGACAAUGGCCGCCGGAUUCUAUCGCCGGUGAUCCCACACCCCGCCGCACUCACCACGCUCUCCGCCAUUGACGAGGCUGUCACGCAGUCAACCGCCAUCGUCCUGCACUUUGCUCCUGAUACGACGCGGCGAGACAGCGGCACGUCCGCCGGGGACACACUCCCUCGCGUGCGGCUUACUCUGCCCGUCGACGAGACGACCGAUCUAUCCCGCUUCGAGGCGCCGUCGCGCAGCUCCACGCUGCAGGCUGUAACCGCGCAUCGCAUACAAGACCUCCUACUUCCCGGCGAGGCCGUCGACGUGCGGCUGACGCAGCAGCGGCUCGUCACCCUCGGCGCCGACCAGCCUGCGAUGCGGCGCUUCCUGGACGCCUCCGAGUUCAACCUCCUCGAGGGCCGCCUGCGCACGCCCAGCCGCGUCAGCGCCCUCACCGUGCCCACCGACGCGGGCACCACCGACGCGUCGUAUCUCUUCGUGGGGCUUGAGGUGCGCCAGGCCGUCGAGACGCGCCUCGGUCGCCACACUGUCCGCUACGAGAGCGUCGAGGCCGGCCAGCACGGCGGGCAGCGCCAGGAGCUCUCUCUGCACCGGGCGGCACCGGACGCAGCGAACGCCGCUGCCGACGACGGCUUCUUGCAGCUGGUGGAGGACGUGGCCGCCGGGCACGUCUUCUCGUGGAACGACGGCGCGGCGCUGAUGCAGCGCCGCUCGAGCGAGACGUUCACGAUGGACCUGCUCGAUGACGGCGCGCUGGAUGACGAGCGCCGCCCUGCGGAGCCGGCGGCGGAGGAGGAGGAGGGGGCCCAGCCGCCACAAGAAGAUGGGGCAGAGGUCAGAGCGGAAGAGGGUGUGGCUGAUGCGGGCGUGCCCGCACAGGACGGCGAUGGUCAUAUAAAUGUCACAGAGUCCAGCGCGGGAGUGUCGAGUUCCUCUCCGCAGACCAAGGCGACGGCGCACUCGCAGCAGAUGCCUCCAACGGUAGAAGCAACGACGGGCGAGCCUGAGCCUGUGAUGCCAGCUGCGAUGCAGGAGCCCAAGUCUGGCGAGUCGUUCGCGCCAGCAGAAGCAAUGUCGGAAACGAAACUGUAA